GCCUGUCUGGUUCGAGCUGGCUUCUCGUGGAGAGCGGCCCGCGUGGGCAUCCGCCUCCCCUGCCAGGGGGCCACGCUCCCCUCCCCUCCCCUCCCCUGCAGGGAGCCCGUCGGAACAGACUCAGGGCCUACUGUGGCACCCAGAGGAGGAGAAAGGCAGGGGGUGCUCUCCCAGUAGGAGCUCAGGGAGUUUCUGAAACAGCUCAGGACACAAAGGACCAGGAAGUGGGGCCUCUUCUGCAUUUCGGCGUCCUGCCUGCAGGCGAGCGGUUUGCUGCCGCCGCCGAGACGCCCUUCCGGUGCCUCUGAAGGCAUUUUCUCCCGGCGCAGCUGCGACUUCUCCGCCAGUGCCUUCGGAGAAAGAGAUCUGGAGGACGAGGAGAGGAAAAAAAAACCCCAAAAAACAAACAAGAAGGAAUGGCUGGGUCCCAGAUCUUGUGUCAAAGCCAGACCUGGUCAUCUUUUUGGAGCAAGAGAAGGAGCUCAGGGAUGUGAAGAGAGAGGAGAAGGUAGCCACACACUCAGGCGUGCAGUUAACUGGUGAAGAGGCUGUGUUGGUGGCUUUAAAGGCAUUUUCUUCCUGAUGCAACCGUGAUUUCAUCACUGAAAUCAACCGAGCAAGAAAUCUAGCGGACGAGGUGGAAGAAGAAGAAAAUGGCCAGUUCUCAGGAACUGCUGACGUUCAGGGAUGUGGCCAUAGAAUUCUCUCAGGACGAGUGGGGAUUCCUGAACGUCGUUCAGUGGGAACUGUACAGGGAUGUGAUGUUAGAGAACUACGGACACCUCCUUUUCUUGGGUCUUGCUGUGUCAAAGCCAGACCUGGUCAUGUUUUUGGAGGAAAAGAAGGAGCUGUGUGAUGUGAACGAAAAGGAAACCAUAGCCACACCCCCAGCCGUAUCUUCAAAUGACACCCAGAGCUUGCUGCCAAAGCCGUGCAUAGAAUCUUGUUUUCAGAAUGUGUCACUGGGUAGAUAUAAACAGAGUGCCCUUGAGAAUUUACACUUAAUGAUAGACUGGGACAAUGAUGGAGAGAGUGCAGAGCAUCCGAGAUAUGAAGGACGUAUCCAAACAGAGAUAACUGCCCAUUAUGAGAAUCUCACCGCCCCAGACGGUGAAGGAUAUAAAACAUUCUGGACGACAUCCCUUUUUAAGUCAACUACUUCUGCAAAGCCUUGUGUUUCUGUAAGCAAUGGUUCAAAUCCAAUGAUCAAAGAUACGUAUAUGCAGAAUCCAAAUUUGGAAAAUCUAGAAAAUUACCUAGUCCAGGCUGAAAAUAAUUAUUUGAACCAUUUUGAAAAUAGGUUUGCAUUGACCUUUCAGUCCAAUAUUUCUGAAAAUCAGGGAUUUAAAAAUGAAGAAAAAAGCGCUAUGUGGUAUCAGUUUGAGAGUUCCUUCACCGAGGAGUCAACCCUGCAAAACUACCAGAGCAUUUUCAAUGAAAACAUAAUUGCUCAAUACAGUGAAUCUGAGAAGAUAUUUAUCCAGGGGUCAAAUGUUAAUAAACAUCUGAUUACUCAUUUUCCAGAGAACCAUUUUGAGUGUAAUAAAUGGGAAGUCUUUUAUCAAGGCUCCAACCUUAUUAUACAUAAGAGUAUGCACAUGGGAGAGAAUCCUUAUAAAUAUAAUGAAUGUGACAAAGCUCUUAACCAGACCUCCAAUGUUAUUGAUCAUCAGAGAAUGCAUGUGGGAAAAAACUCAUACAGACGUAAUAAACCUGGGAACAUGUAUAGUCAGUCAUCAAGACUGUAUAUACAUAAGACAAUCGGUGCUGGAGAGAAAAGUUACAUUUGUAAUGAAUGUGGCAAGGUCUUUAUCCACCACUCAAGCCUUACUCAACAUCACAGAAUUCAUACUGGAGAGAAUCUUUACAAAUGUAAUGAAUGUGGAAAACUCUUUACCAGGCACUCACAUCUUACUGAACAUCACAGAAUCCAUACUGGAGAAAAACCGUACAAAUGUCAAGAAUGUGGGAUGGCCUUUACCCAGCAUGCAACCCUUGUUGGUCAUUACAGAGUUCAUACAGGUGAGAAACCUUACCAAUGUAAAGAAUGUGGCAAGACCUUUAAAUGGCACUCAAUCCUUAGUAAACAUUACAGAACUCACACUGGAGAGAAACCUUACAUAUGUAAAGAAUGUGGCAAGGCCUUUAGGCAGCACACAACCCUUACUCACCAUUACAGAACUCAUACUGGAGAGAAACCUUACCAAUGUAAAGAAUGUGGCCAAGCCUUUAUCCAGCACUCCAACCUUACUCAACAUCACAGAAUUCAUACGGGAGAGAAACCUUACCAAUGUAAUGAAUGUGGCCAAGCUUUUAACCAUCACUCAUACCUUACCCAACAUCACAGAAUCCAUACUGGAGAGAAACCUUACCAAUGUAAAGAAUGUGGCCAGUCCUUUAACCAGCACUCCAACCUGACUCGACAUCACAGGAUUCAUACUGGAGAGAAACCUUUCAAAUGUAAAGAAUGUGGCCAGGCCUUUAACCAGCACUCACAUCUUAAUCAACAUCACAGAAUCCAUACUAGAGAGAAACCUUUCCAAUGUAAAGAAUGUGGCCAGGCCUUUAACAGACACUCAAACCUUACUCAGCAUCACAGAAUUCAUACAGGAGAGAAACCUUUCCAAUGUAAAGAAUGUGGCCAGGCCUUUAACAGGCACUCAUACCUUACUCGACAUCACAGAGUCCAUACUGGAGAGAAACCUUACAAAUGUAAAGUAUGUGGCCAGGCCUUUAACAGGCAUUCAAACCUUACUCGACAUCACAGAAUUCAUACUGGAGAGAAACCUUACAAAUGUGAAGAAUGUGGCCACACUUUUAUCCAGUAUUCACAUCUUAUUCAACAUCACAGAAUACACACUUAAAAGAAACCUUACCAAAGUAAAGAAUGUGGCAAAACAUUUAAUCUCUGGUUAACCUUUACUCAUUAUCACAGAAUUCACACUGGAGCAAACCUUACAAAUUGAAAGAAUGAGAAAACUAUUAAGGACUUCUCAGCCCUUACUCCACAUCAGAGAAUUCUAUUGGAGAGGAACCAUACAAAUGUCAAGAAUGUAGCCCAACCUUUAAGCAAUGCUAAACCCUGACUCCUGAACAGAGAAGUUAUACUGGAGAGGAGUUUGCAAAUAUAAAGAAUUUGGCAAGCCCUUUAAUCAGAGGUCAAGCCUCAUUCAACAUCACAGAAUUAAUACUGGAGGAAAAAUUUACCAAUGUAAAGAAUCUGGUAAGACUUUUAGGCUCAACCCUACUGAGCAUCACAGACCUUAUACUGAGGAGAAACAUUACAAAAGUAAAGAAUGUGGCAAUCCUGUAGCCGAAACUCACAAUUUGUUCAACAUCAUAGCUAUCUUAACAGUUUAGAAACCGUAACAUGUAGAGAAAGUUGCAGUGCCUUUAACCGGAAUCCAAAUGCACACCAGAUUCAAUCCCUGAAAAUGUAAUGAAUGAGCAAAGACCUUCAUUUUAACGUACAUUUUAGGAAACACCAGAGUGCAUAGAGGAAAGCGACUUGAAAGAUAUAAAUAUUUAGGAAAAUAUUUAAUUGAAUAUCAAAUGUCAAUACAGGUGACAAAUCCAGUGGCAAGCAUUAUGUCAGUCAACCUAUUUAGACAUUACAUCAAAAUACUCAUUAUAAGUAAAAAUACAAAGCUAAACACUUAGAUAAUAUAUAUGCUAAUAUGCUUCAAAAGCUUAAGUGGAUGGAUUUUUGCAUAGGUAUAAUUAAUUUCAAUGU